UUGAAGUUUCAAGCAAUGAUCACUUAUAGGCCACAGGCCCUAUGUGCCUUGGCUCUUUGUCUCAUGGCUGCUGUUUUAGCAACCGCAGAUGAAGACUAUUAUGCAUCUCCACUGCCUUCACCUUAUAUCUAUAAAUCUCCGCCACCACCAUCAUACGUCUACAAGUCACCUCCACCGCCGUCUUAUGUUUACUCGUCACCGCCACCGUCGCCUUAUAUUUAUAAAUCUCCUCCACCACCGCCUUAUGUAUACUCAUCUCCACCUCCACCACCUUAUAUUUACAAGUCUCCUCCGCCUCCACCUUAUGUCUAUAAAUCUCCCCCUCCACCUCCUUAUGUGUAUAAGUCGCCACCUCCGCCUCCUUACAUUUACAAAUCACCCCCGCCGCCUCCUUACGUGUACUCAUCUCCUCCUCCCCCUCCAUACAUCUACAAGUCACCUCCACCACCGCCUUAUGUUUAUAAAUCUCCUCCUCCACCGCCCUAUGUUUACAAGUCCCCUCCACCGCCGCCUUAUAUUUAUUCUUCACCACCACCACCACCAUAUGUCUAUAAAUCUCCUCCUCCACCACCCUAUGUUUACUCUUCCCCUCCACCACCUCCUUACAUUUACAAGUCUCCUCCUCCACCACCCUAUGUUUACUCUUCUCCUCCACCACCACCUUACAUUUAUAAGUCUCCACCACCACCUCCAUAUGUGUACUCUUCUCCACCACCACCUCCCUAUCUUUACAAGUCUCCCCCACCACCACCAUACAUUUACAAAUCUCCUCCUCCACCACCAUAUAUCUAUUCUUCCCCUCCACCACCUCCUUACGUUUACAAAUCUCCUCCUCCACCACCAUAUAUCUAUUCUUCCCCUCCACCACCUCCUUAUGUUUACAAAUCUCCUCCACCACCACCAUAUGUUUAUAAGUCUCCUCCUCCACCUCCCUAUAUUUAUAAGUCACCUCCUCCACCUCCUUAUGUUUACAAAUCUCCUCCACCACCACCAUAUGUUUAUAAGUCUCCUCCUCCACCACCCUAUAUUUAUAAAUCACCUCCUCCACCUCCUUAUGUUUACAAAUCUCCACCACCACCACCAUAUGUUUAUAAGUCUCCUCCUCCACCUCCCUAUAUUUAUAACUCACCUCCUCCACCUCCUUAUAUUUAUAAGUCUCCACCACCACCUCCUUACAUUUAUAAGUCUCCUCCUCCUCCUAAAUAUGUUUACUCUUCUCCUCCUCCACCACCAUAUAUUUAUAAGUCUCCUCCUCCACCUCCCUAUGUUUAUUCAUCUCCACCACCUCCUUACAUUUAUAAGUCUCCUCCUCCACCCCCUUAUGUUUACUCAUCUCCACCACCACCUCCUUACAUUUAUAAGUCACCACCACCACCAACAUACAUUUACAAGUCUCCUCCCCCACCUCCAUACGUCUAUUCUUCUCCUCCACCACCUCCCUAUGUUUACUCAUCUCCACCACCACCUCCUUACGUUUAUAAAUCUCCUCCUCCACCUCCUUAUGUGUAUUCUUCCCCUCCACCACCUCCUUAUAUUUACAAGUCUCCUCCACCACCUCCCUAUGUUUACUCAUCUCCACCGCCACCUCCCUAUGUUUACAAGUCUCCACCACCACCUCCUUACGUCUAUUCUUCCCCUCCACCGCCACCUUAUGUUUAUAAGUCUCCACCUCCACCACCCUAUAUUUACAAGUCUCCACCACCACCUCCUUAUGUUUACAAGUCUCCUCCACCACCUCCAUACGUUUACUCAUCUCCACCACCUCCUCCCUACAUUUACAAGUCUCCACCACCACCUCCUUACGUAUAUAAGUCUCCUCCACCACCGCCUUACGUUUACAAGUCUCCACCACCACCUCCCUAUGUCUAUUCUUCACCUCCACCACCACCUUAUGUUUAUAAGUCUCCACCUCCACCUCCUUACAUUUACAAGUCUCCACCACCACCUCCUUAUGUUUACAAGUCUCCACCACCACCUCCUUAUGUUUACAAGUCUCCUCCACCACCUUCCUACAUUUACUCUUCUCCACCACCACCUCCUUAUGUUUACAAGUCCCCUCCACCACCUCCUAUUGUAUAUUAA